AUGCCGCAGCAUUUCCGUCUGGCUGCAUUCUAUACAUCUGUUAUAAAGCAGAUGGUCUCCGUUCGUUUUCUCUUCCUCAUCGCUAUCGUCAGUUUCUUAGUAUCCGUCGUUUUUAUUCAAUCUGCAAAGAAAAACGAUAGACUUGUACAAGAAGCGAUUGAAAAUAUCAGCCGCGAUAUCAGAUACAUUGAUGUUUACCGCAAGCCCAGUAAAUUGUCAAAUGAUGUCAAGUAUAUACUCCUGUGGACUUCUCACACGUAUUCUCCGUUAUAUUUCCUCGGUAACGGCCAGGAAGCUUUCGUUAGAAACAAUUGUCCGGUGAUAGACUGCUAUGUCACCACCGACAGAACUUUAUUUGGUGGUGACGUAUCCCGAUUCGACGCAAUCGCUUUUAAUGGCCGCAACUUAAAGGACUAUAGGAGACGAUCACAGUUACCUUUGAAAAGAUCGAUGCGACAGAAAUAUAUUUUCUUUAAUCUAGAGUCUUCUGAUAACUAUCCAAUUUGUUCGGCGAGAUACGACGAUUAUUUUAACUGGACUGCAACUUACAAAUUGAAUUCUGAUAUUCCGUACCCAUAUCUACUCAUUAAAAAUAAUAAAGGUGAAAUAGUAGGACCAAAAGUUAAUAUGGAGUGGGUAGAAGAAUAUUCUACUAUAGAUGAUGAACUGGCUGAUAAGUUAAAAAGUAAAACUAAAGCUAUAGCUUGGUUCGUGUCGUCUUGUUCAGUUAGAAGCAAAAGGAAUAAAUUCGUUAAGAUUUUUCGAAAAGCAUUAUCUCAUUAUAGACUGGAUAUUGAUGUAUACGGAAAAUGCGGAACGUUUAAGUGUCCGAUCGAGAAGAAGGAGGACUGUCACAAAAUGUUGGAGAAAGAUUAUUUUUUUUAUCUGUCUAUGGAGAAUUCUUUUGCUGAAGAUUAUAUCACUGAGAAAGUGUUGACUGCGCUGCAGCAUAAUAUAGUGCCUAUUUUGUACGGAGCAGCUAAUUAUACAAGAUUCCUACCACCAGGUUCGUACCUCGACGCUCGAAAGCAGAAUGUAAAAUCGCUAGCGGACAUUGUGGCUCGGCUGAUAGAGUAUCCCAAUAUGUACAGAGAUUACUUUAAAUGGAAACGUUACUACAACUACUACGAUCCCACUGCAAAGGAGAAUGUUUGUGCAGUAUGUGCUGCUUUACACAACAAGACCAUGAUGGAGACUGUCACAAUGUACAAAACCUUCAGGAGGUGGUGGUACCCCCCCUUUAAGAAAAGGUGCAGUUGGUAUGUCGAUGAUGAUGAUUAG